AUGGCGGAACCAACAAACGAGCAACAAACCUCUCAGAUCCCUUCACCCCUCCAGACACAAAACCUCUCCUUGACCGCAUCUCCGCCGCUCUCCGCCAGCCCAACAACGCCCUCACCAACCCUCUCACAUAAACGCUCCCGAUCACCCUUAUCCAUCGACCUCUCCAACAUCCCACCCCUUCAGCAACCCGCACCUCCCUCCAACACUCUGCUGAUAACUCGCCUCGACGAUUCCAAAAUCUUCCACCCAGCCUCAAUAGCCACGAUCCGGGCGCACAUAAAUGGCAUUGCCCCACUUAACUCAUUCUCCCCACUGAAAUCUAUGCACCGGAUCAUCUGCUCCUUCUACGACGUAAACUCCUGCAUCGCUGUCCGACAGGCCAUCGACGGCACGCCGUUCCUCGGCGGCAGCGUCGCGAAAUGCUACUUCGGCGAGCCCACACCCGUUGGCGACGAGAAGAUGAAAUACCUGGAACGGCCAGAUGCAGGACGACUAUUCUUUAUCAGCCCUCCGCCUUCCCCGCCUGUAGGCUGGGAAAUGAAGAGCGAAGACCCGCCGAACAAGCAAGUCCACGCCGACGACCUAGCAGCGCAGUUGGAGAAACUCGGCGGUCGCCUCCAAUCACUCGACGACUCCAACGACCAAGAGGACGACAUGAAGCAAUACUCGGCCGAAGAGCUGGCCAAAGUGAAAGCGGGCAGCCACGCACACACACGCUCAGCCGCCGCGGCGAGAAGUCUAGCCGAGCAGUCCCCUACGACUGGAUCCUCGUCGCCGCGCAAAGGCCACCGCAGCCGUAGUUCAACACUGAUCUACGACCCGAAAGCGCACGGCGACAGCCCCGCGCUACCGGCGGUGAUGCUGGAGACGGAAGACGACUCGGAGGUCGAGCUGGACGAUGGCGGUCCCUCGAAGAAAAUCCUCGCACAUACUGAACGUCCGCCUGUUGAGUUGAUGCAGGAUUGA